AUGAAGAGACUAUCGUGGAUUUCUAGUCUCGAUAAAGAUUCUUCAUCGUCAACAAUUCAAAAUUUGAACAAGUGCAAUACUGUACAUGGUACAAGAAUAUUGUUUACAAAUUAUCCGAAUUUAAACAACCAUUCUUCAUCGUCAAAAAUUCAACAAGUUGAUGAAGAAUUCUUUAUCGUCAACAAAUUCAACUACAAGAAUAUUGUCUGCAAAUUAUCUGCUCCAAAUUUAAAUAAAAUUCUUUAUCGUCAGCAGCAGUUCAACAAUUUGACGAAGAAUUCUUCAUCAUCGGCAAUUCUCACAUCUCGAUCGUCUUCCACAAAUUUCCUAUUAUUUUCAAGAAGUCAACCAAUUAAUGGUCUAAAACUUUAUACUACUUUAGCCACUGUUGAUUAUUUGAUGAUUUGGAUGGCCUUUGAAGAUGAAAAUCCAGAAUGCAUGUUACCUUAUUUUCAUCUACGAAUAAUAAAUAAAAGAACAGGACAUUUUGAGAUAAUCGCGAUGAUAUGUUUUGAGAUGAGACGAUGGAUAUUAAACAGAUGA